GGCCGGACUCACUCACACUCGCACUCACACUCACCCGCACGCCCCUCGCACCAUUGUCUCUGCCCGCCCGCCCCGUUUUCUUGGGGUGUUUUGUUCGCUGCCCGGCGCGGGGCUGAGCGCGCCCGCCCGCGCCGCGGCGGAGCGGCACAUUCAUUAUCGGCCGGGGGCUGAUUUCAAACCGCUGCCAUCGCGGCUCCAUUGUUCGCCGGGCGGCCAGGCCCCGCCCCCCUUUGUGUGGCGCGGCGGCGAUUGGCCGGCGCCGGGCGGAGGGCUGCCGUCAGCGCUCGGGAAGCCCAUUCAUCUGUGCACUUGGGCGUUGGACUCCGCAUCUUAUUAGCAACCAGGGAGAUUUCUCCAUUUUCUCCUUGUCUACAGUACGGCUACAAAUCUGGGAUUUUUUAUUACUUCUUUUUACUAAACUUGGGCUCCUUUUUUUUUUUUUUUUCCUCGACUUUUUCCUCCCUUUUUUUCCCCUCCCUCCUGUGCUGCUGCUUUUUGAUCUCUUCAACUUUAAAUUUUUAAAAGGAGUGCAUUAUAAUCGGUUCUGUUCUCUCUUCUCUUUUUUUUUUUCCCCCUCUGGUGUGUGUGUGUGUUGCUGCUGGUCGCCCAGUAUUUAUACCAACCCAACGCUCUUUGUUUCCCCUCCUUUUGGAUCUGUUGAGUUUCUUUGUUGAAUAAGACAGCAUGGGUGCCCAGUUCUCCAAGACCGCUGCAAAGGGCGAAGCCUCCGCCGAGAAACCUGGGGAAGCAGUGGCUGCAUCUCCAUCCAAGGCGAAUGGACAGGAGAACGGCCACGUGAAGGUGAACGGCGACGCCUCCCCCGCGGCGGCGGAGGCGGGCAAGGAGGAGGUGCAGGCCAACGGCAGCGCGCCCGCCGAGGAAACGGGCAAGGAGGAGGCAGCCUCGUCGGAGCCCGCCUCCGAGAAGGAGGCGGCUGAGGCGGAGAGCACCGAGCCGGCCUCCCCAGCGGAGGGCGAGGCCUCCCCCAAGACUGAGGAGGGUGCGACCCCCUCGUCCAGCAGCGAGACCCCGAAAAAAAAAAAGAAGCGCUUUUCCUUCAAAAAGUCAUUUAAGCUCAGCGGCUUCUCCUUCAAGAAGAAUAAGAAGGAGGCCGGCGAGGGGGCCGAGAGCGAGGGCGGCGCCGCCGCCGCGGCAGAGGGCGGGAAGGAGGAGGCGGCGUCCCCUGAGGCGGCGAGCAGUGAGGAGGGCAAAGCCACCGCUGAGGAGGCCUGCGCGGCCGCCGCCGGCAGCGGCGAGGCGUCCAAGGAGGAAGCGGGGGACUCGCAGGAGGCCAAAUCGGACGAGGCCGCCCCCGAGAAGGCGGCGGGAGAAGAGGCCCCGGCAGUGGCAGAGGAUCAACAGCAGCAGCAGGCAGAGGGGAAGGCUAAAGCGGCGGAGGAGGCGGCGGGAGCCGGCGCCGCUACGAAUGAAGCAGGUAGCGGCGAUCAGGAGGCGGUCCCCGCAGAGGAGCCGGCGCCGGCGCGACAGGAGCCCCCCUCUGAGAGCAGUCCAGAGGGACCCGCCGCCGAAUCGGCGGAGUAAGCGCCCACCGCCGCCCCUCGCCGACGGACUUUUCUUCCCCCCUGUUUGUUUGUUGGAGUGGUGCCAGGUACUGGUCUCGGAGAACUUGUCUACAACCAGGGAUUGAUUUAAAAGAUGUCUUGUUUCUUUUUUUUCUCUCCCCUCGCAGCUCCCAUCUCAAAUCGUUGUGUGUUGCCGCCAUUCCAACGGGCGGAGGGGGGCCCUCCUCCGCCCUCCUCUCCCAACCCUCUAUAUUUUGGGGUGGUUUUUUUGUUGUUGUUUUUUUGUUUAUUUUUUUUAAAUCAGUAUUAAUAUUUUGUUUUUCGUUGGUUCGGGUUUAGUUUUUUUCCCCUUUUUUUUACCUUUUUUUUUUUUUUUUUUUUUUUUUUUGGUUGGUUUUUCCAUAUUUUGCAGCUCUCUUCAUAUGAUAAAACUUUUCCCGAUCGGUCAAUGGACAUGCCCAUAUAAUGAAGGAGAUGGGUUGGUCAAUAAGGGAUAACAAAUGAAGUGACAGGGGCCGCAAUGGGGAAACUGGGGCGCGCAGCCCUUGCCGGGAGCGCGCCCUGCCAGAAAUGAUGUUAAGGGGUUAGUCUCUUCUCUUCUUUUUUAAUUUCUUUUUUGGUUAAUUUUUUUUUUCUUAAGAAAAAGAAAGUUAUUACGAUGUAUUUUGUGAGGCAGAUGUUCUAUAAGGUUUACAACACUACAAGUCUUGAUUAAGAAGGAAAGGAAAAAGGAAAAAAAAAAAAAUCAAUACCCAGAUAAAGAGAUCAUAGUCUUAGGAAUUCAUUUAAACCAUAGGAACUUUUCACUUAUCUCAUGUUAGCUGUAUCAGUCAGUGAUUAAGUAGAAAUACAAGUUGUAUAGGCUUUAUUGUUUAUUGCUGGUUUAUGACCUUAAUAAAGUGUAAUUAUGUAUUACCAGCAGGGUGUUUUUAACUGUGACUAUUGUAUAAAAAAAAAAAAAUCAAAUCUUGAUAUCCAGAAGCACAUGAAGUUUGCAACUCUUUCCACCCUGCCCAUUUUUUGUAAAACUGCAGUCAUCUUGGACCUUUUAAACACCAAUUUUAAACUCAAACCAAGCUGUGAUAAGUGGAAUGGUUACUGUUUAUACUGUGGUAUGUUUUUUGAUUACAGCAGACAAUGCUUUCUUUUCCAGUUGUCUUUGAAAAUAAAGGAAAACUCUUCAGAUGCAAUGUUUUUUUUGUGUAGCAUCUUGUCUAUCAUGUUUUUGUAAAUACUGGAGAAGCUUUGACCAAUUUGACUUAGAGAUGGAAUGUAACUUUGCUUACAAAAAUUGCUAUUAAACUCCUGCUUAAGGUGUUCUAAUUUUCUGUGAGCACACUAAAAGCGAAAAAUAAAUGUGAAUAAAAUGUAUAAUUUGGUUGUCUUUCUUUUAUGGAUACUCUGGUAGCUUAAAGGGACUAGCCAGUAUUGCCUAAAUUUGUACAGAGAAAGUCAUGUGUGCUGUUAGCACUUAACUUUGAAAACUACCUUCCUAGGUCCUGGAAUGUCAUACUGUGCAGGUUUUAGAGAAAUUGGGCAGUGCACCAGGUAACUUACAGGAUUUUCUGGCUUUAAAAGCAAACUAGAAGGCACUCUAAGCAUGUACAGUGUGUGAUUCUCCUGUCCAGGCUCCAUCUUGCUUUUAAGACCAGAUGUAUCCAUCAUAUGACAGUCCUGUCUCUUGAGGAAAAUAAGAUUUAACUUGAAUUGCUUAGGGUGGGGCACUGAUUUUUUUUUAAAUCUUUUUUCCACAUGGAGUUGCUUUAAAAUUUCAGCUCUUGGAACAGAUGUCCCACUUAUGUCUUGGUAUGCUGAUCCUAGUUCUGUACCUAGACAAUGAGCUUGAAAACUUUAGCCUGGAAAGAGAAAGGGGGGGGAUUAACACUGCCAUUUUGCUCAAAGCAAUUAAAAGCAAUAUUUUCUUUUUUUCCUCAAGUGCUACUCCCAAGUACAGGUGAGUUACAAAGCAGUUCUCAGAUUUUUGUCUAUAAAAAUAAUCACUUGGUGCUUAACUUUUAAUUGUUGGGCUUUUUUGGCUAAUUUCCAGCAUAUUGCUCAGGGCAUAGUAUGCCUUAAUAAUAACAGUGGGUUCAUACAAAAAAUCAAACAAACCAAAAAACCAAACAAACCAGCAGUGGUAUUUGGAGGGUGGAAAUUGAUUCAAGAAAGUGUUGCUUCUAAGUUUAUAGGAGAAAGUUUAGUGUUACACUUAUUUGCUUCCACCUAAAUUUUCAGCAGAAACUCUUUGGAAGCAAUUAUGAUUCAUUUUAUGAGAAAAUGGCACGUUAGCACCUUGUUCCCUAAAGAACAAAGCCUAAACUGAAUGAAGUAUACUAGAUUUCCUGCUGAAUGCUUACUUCUGUUUUGUUUUUUUUUCCCCUCCUCUUUUUUAUUUUAUUUUAUUUUUUUAAUUCAGCUGUCUUACCAUUUUAACUUUGGCUUGUAUGUACUCUAGUUGCCCUGGUAUUUCUCUAUAGCUUUAGAAAUGUAUUGAAACUAUGCUAUAAUUGCUGAGGGACAAAAAUAAAUGGAUGUAAAACAAGAUCCUCCACACCAGUGUCAUUCUUGGAGUACAUGUGUUUGAAGUCUAGUGCAUAACUGCUUUGCUAAGGGGUUUUUAUAACAUGGCUGUAAAAACCUGCUCUGAGACGCAUGAUAUCUUGGCCAAGAAGUCAAUGUCUCUUUUUAAUAAAUAUAUAUAUUUAAAUCCAA